UUAGAAUGAAAAUUAAGUUGAGAGUUUUAUGUUAUACAUUUUUCUGAUGAUAUUUAUAGUUCUUGCCUCUGUUUUGUUGCUGAGAAAAUGCUGGAAAAUAAAUUUUGUUUCAUGCUUUACGUUUUUGUUAGUUCUUGAGAAUGAAAAUCAGCUCAAGUUAGACUAAAAUUUGAGUUUUAUGCCCUAGGUUGGUCUGAUCAUAUGUUUUGAUUUUGCAUUUUUCUGAUGAUAUUUAUAGUGUUUGCCUCUGUUUUGUUGCUGCGAAAUGCCAGAAAAGAAAUUCUGUUUCAUGCUUUACAUUUGUUUUAGUUCUUAAGAAUGAAAAUCAGCUCAAGUUAGAGCAAAAUUUGAGUUUUAUGCCCCAGGUUGGUCUGAUCAUAUGUUUUGAUUUUGCCCGUCUGGUUGCUUAGAAAAUGCUGGAAAUGGGAAGAAAAGGACAUCAAAUCUUAUGCUUUAGACUUGUUUUGGUUAGAAAUUUCUACUUAAUAGAGCCAAAAAUAAUUGCAUCUUCACGUCAAAUUGUAAAUUUUGUUAACUUUGAUGUUAAUAGGCUAAAUUUUGUUUCAAAAUUUCUGCUGCAAGAAUGUUUUUCUAUUUGUGAUGCACCAUUUGGUUGCUGAGAGAAUUGUAGGAGAACAUAAAAUUUUUAAAGCUUUAGGUUUGUGUGUUUCAUGUUUCACAGUCACUGAAAUGUUAAAAAAUAUUGUUUGCUAUUGAACUUAAGCGAUGUGCCUGGCUUUGCUGAUUUUUUUAUUUCAUUUGCUUGGGCAAUACUUCUUCUUUGUGUGUUCAUGUGAGACGGUUGGGAGUUUUUUUCUACCAGUUGUUAGUUGGCUCUUUUAUUUUGCUUGGAUGUGAGUUGGUGGCAUUUCUUUUGAAGGGCAGAUCUCUCUUUUCUUCUUUGUAAUAUUUUAUUAGUUAUGCAACUUUUUUGCUGAGCCAAAAAAAAAAAAAAAGGUUUAUGCAAAGUUUCUUUUUUGUUUGGUUUGCUGACCUUUCCUGGGGCCAGCUAAGUAUUUUUACAUCAGUGUACAUGUCACAUAUGUUAAACAUAGGAUGUGCAUCAGAAGUAUGGAGCUAUUGGUAAGCUGUUGCUUCUUUAUUUUUCUAUUAUUUGCUAGGCAGUAAAUGACCUAAGAUUUAGUGCAAGCCCAACCAUCACAUUACCACAUUACCACUUGAGCCAAAGGCCAGGAACCCUUCCAUUUCUAUUUGAUUCCUUAUGCCAUAAAAAUGGGGUUUAUUUUUUUAGAUUCAAUGAGAAAACUGUGAGUUUUAACCUGAAUAAUUUGGUGUUACUGAACAUAUGGUUUGCAAGAUAUCAUGCAACAGCAAUCUGCAAUUCAGGCUGUGGAAGCUGAGAAGAUUCCCUUAGUAGGUGAUACGGGGCGGCGCCAGAUUCUGGACGUUGUUUUGGGGGCUAAUGAGUGUAUUGAUUCUCGUAUUCGGGAAGAGCGACCUGGUUUGUUAUGUAAGCUGGAUAUUGAGAAGGGUUAUGAUAAUCUAAAUUGGGAUAAAUUGGGAUUUCUUGCUUUAUAUUAUGGGUCGGAUGGGUUUUGGGACAACAUGGUGUCAGUGGAUGAAGUUCUAUGUCUCCACGGUGUGGAUGCCUGUUUUGGUGAAUGGUUCACCGGCAGGUUUCUUUCAGACUUUUCGGGGUCUUCGGCAGGGGGAUCCAUUAUCCCCCUUGUUGUUUAUUCUAGUUAUGGAGGCUUUUAGUCAACUGUUGUCUAGGGCUGUGCAUGAAGGUUGAAGGAUGUUUUAUAUAUUUUUGUACAGAAUGUUUAGUUGACACUAUUGUUACAAGGUACAUAUAUAUUAUUAUUCGUAUAUAUUAUUUUGCGAAUGUGAGUGUGGAUGUGUGCGGAUGUGGAUGUAUUUUAGUUUAG